CUUCCGGGAGGAGGGCAGCGGGUAACCCGGAAGCGGUCGGCAGUGCGGCGCUGUUUAAAGAUGGCGGCGGAGGAACCUCAGCAGCAGAAGCAGGAGCCGCUGGGCAGCGACUCCGAAGGCGUUAACUGUCUUGCCUAUGAUGAAGCCAUCAUGGCCCAGCAGGACCGAAUUCAGCAAGAGAUCGCUGUGCAGAACCCUCUGGUCUCCGAGCGCCUGGAACUCUCUGUCCUGUACAAGGAGUACGCCGAGGACGACAACAUCUACCAGCAGAAGAUCAAGGACCUCCACAAAAAGUACUCAUACAUCCGCAAGACCAGGCCCGACGGGAACUGCUUCUACCGCGCUUUCGGCUUCUCCCACCUGGAGGCGCUGCUGGAUGACAGCAAGGAAUUGCAGCGGUUCAAGGCUGUGUCUGCCAAGAGCAAAGAGGACCUGGUGUCGCAGGGCUUCACCGAGUUCACGAUCGAGGACUUCCACAACACGUUCAUGGACCUGAUCGAGCAGGUGGAGAAGCAGACCUCGGUGGCCGACCUGCUGGCCUCCUUCAACGACCAGAGCACCUCCGACUACCUGGUGGUCUACCUGCGGCUGCUCACCUCGGGCUACCUGCAGCGGGAGAGCAAGUUCUUCGAGCACUUCAUCGAGGGCGGGCGGACCGUCAAGGAGUUCUGCCAGCAGGAGGUGGAGCCCAUGUGCAAGGAGAGCGACCACAUCCACAUCAUCGCGCUGGCACAGGCCCUGCGGGUCUCCAUCCAGGUGGAGUACAUGGACCGCGGCGAGGGCGGCACCACCAACCCGCACGUCUUCCCCGAGGGCUCGGAGCCCAAGGUCUACCUUCUCUACCGGCCGGGACACUACGACAUCCUCUACAAAUAGGGCCCAGGCGCUCACGGAGGCUCCGGGGUUGUCAAGGGCCACACCCCCCGCCCCCGCCCGUCACUCCCUCCCACGUUUUAUUAAAGGGGCGCUGGAGGUGA